AAAUAACUCAAAAUAAAUUUUGUGUGGUUGUAAAUUAAUAUAUACAGUAAUGGGUGUGCGCAAAAUUGAUUUUAGGAGGUUAAAAACGCCAAAAUGUUCGUUUGUCUAUUCCGCGCUGCAUUCCAAUAUUUGCCAAUUCGAGAUUCACCAAACGAGAAUCCACAUGUUGAGUUGGCAUUACAACCUGGAGAAUUAGUUUUGGUGCACGGCCCGAUGGACGAGGACUGUUUCUAUUGGGGAGAAACAUUGGAUAAUCGUGCCGGUCUAGUCCCUUCAAAUUUUGUGCAGAGGGUAUCAGACGAGGAAAUGUCCAAUCUUCUUCAACAGACUUCCCUCCAACAACCCUCAACCUCAAAAACAUUUGUCCCAAUAGAAGAAAAUUUUUGUUGUUCGUCAAUCCCCUCAACAUCAACAAUAACAACAACAACAAAUGCUGCUACACAAAAUAAUAAAAUUUUUAAUUUAAAACAACAAUCUCCACUUGUUAUUAAUAGAGUAGACUCUCCCUCUUUUGUGUUGUCUGUUCCCCAACAUUUAGCGCAAAUUAGACACGAUUUUACAGAAUUAGAGAAACAACAAAAACAUUUGUUGCAACCUGAUUCGGUUUGCCCUUAUCCCCCUACCGACGUUAGCAAAAUUACAGUGCAAGAAUUAAAACAUCCAGACAAUCCUAGAAUUCCCUAUCCACAUGAUUUACAAGUAGAAAGACGUCUUUCCCGUUCUUUGCUCAUUUCUUGGUUGCCGCCAGAAAGUGGGGGUGGAAUUCCUCUACAUCAACAAACAAUUAGCCAAUAUCAGGCAUUUUUCUUUGUGCCCGGUUCUUUCAAGUGCCGUGCCUUGCUAGAAGACUUGGAUUUAGAUAAAUUUGUUAAUGUUUCUGUACGCUCAGUUACUUCGGAUGGGUUAACUAGCCCUGAUGCUGCUUGUACGUUGGCGGUGGGUUCUGAAUCGCCCGUUGCUCCACAACAUGUUCGUGUAAACAAUUUAACCCCAACAUCAACUCAACUAAGUUGGUAUCCUUCAAACAGCAAUACAGAACAUAUAAUUCUCUUAAAUGCAAUAAAAAUUGGCGUUUGUCCGCCUGCUGUCUUUCAAGUUCAAAUAAACGGCCUUACACCCUCAACAAUUUAUCGUCUCUCUGUUAGAACAAAACAUCCCCGCGCUGUUUUAGAAAAAAGGCCUGUAGAGAGAUGUGUAGACUUUAAAACGUUGCCUAAAAUUGGCCUUCCAGACCCUCCUUUAGAGGUUAGAGCAGAAAAUGGGCCCCAGCCUGGAACUUUGCUUGUCUCUUGGAAGCCAAAUUCCUCACAGCCAAGGCCUCCCUCCCGUGCAGCAGUUCAAAGCUAUUUAGUCUAUGCAGACGGUCGGUGUAUUGCAGAAAUCCCUGGGUCAACAGCAGAUCAUGUUCUGUUGAGGCUUUCUGAUUUUGCUGAUGACCCCCCAAUGUUUAUUACUGUCAGAACUAAAACUAAAGAAGGAAAUGUUUCUGCUGAUUCUAAAGUUGUUCGAGUACCUCGUAGUGGAAAUGGAACGACAAAUGAGAGGGAAGGAGUUGUUAUUAUGCAAAAUAAUUCUUCACUGCCUUACUACUCUUCAGAUCGACUCAUUUCCUCUGAAAAAAAUUAUUCUUCACCAAAUAAAGUUCCAAAAGGACUUUUAAUUAUUCCAUCAAAACAACAACAUUACCAACAAAAUACUUCAGCAGCCUCUUUACAAAACAAUAUUAACAGAUGGGAGGAAAAACCUGCUCCACUUACAAAUAUUACUGAUCCUUUACUACAACAACAAAGCUCUUAUCAACAACAACAAUAUUUUACAUUUCAUCCAAAAACUUUGGAUAAGACUUAUUAUAAUCCCCGAAAUGGAACAUCCACAAAUGACCAAAACAACGGGAAUACCCAACAACCCAACAGUACUCUAUACUUUUUGGAACAAAAUUAUCUACAAAAACAUCAACAACGCCAAAGGCUGCAUUCUGCCGCCCCUUCAACUUCCCGUUCAUUUUUACAAAGCAGAGCUUCAAAUAAUAACAUUCUCCCUUCCUCAAUUCCUUCACAAAUAGCCAAGAAAAUGUUAAAAACAAAUUUUUUACAACAACAUCAUCAACCCCCAGAAAGUACUAGAAGUGAACCAGACUUAAGGCCCCUGAGAAGAGAUGAAAUAAAUAGCCGUUGGUUUGUAGCUAUUCAGGAUCAUCAGCCUAGAAUGGGGGGAAUGAAUGAAGAAUUGCUUUUUAGAAGACACCAACUUAUUAAGGUUUAUGGGGAUGUGGACAUGAACGGCUUCUUUUGGGCUGAAGCUAGAGGUCGUUAUGGCUUUGUACCUUUCAACAAAUUAGUUGAGAUAGCUAAAGACGACCUUUUUCUGGCUGCUGAACAACAUACGGGGACUUCUAUGCCAGAGGGUGGUCAACAACAACUUUGGGCGGGAGGGAUCUCGUCCAGUCAGCGUAGAAUGAAAUGGGGUUCAAUCAAGUCAAGGAGUUACGAGCACACAGAAAGCCAAGGACGUUAUGGGAACUACCAUGGAGGCGUUCAAGCAGAUUAUGAACCAGGACGGGGCUCUCAACCUUUGUAUUACCCCGAUGCUUAUAUUGAGAGAACAGCAAGACGAGGAAGACAACUUCCCGAGUAUCGUGGAGCGACCGUUGGGGUUGGAGCUCCAAUUGAACAGAGAGCUCUGCCCAACAUUGGAGAUGUCAAAACAACUAGUGGGGGUGUUGUUGUGGGUAGAGAAAAGGAAAAUGCCGCUCUCCGUUAUCGUUCUCCUCAAGUAAAUGGUGGAGGAACUAGACAAGGAAGGGAGAAAAAGAGGAUAAUGAUUCCUGAAUCGUCUACUAAAGAGGAAGAAGAACAAAUGGCAGAAAUUUCAAAAUAUCAGCAACAACAAUAUAGCAACAACUCCAAAUACUAUCAACAACAAAAAACUUCGCUAGAUGAGGAAGAACAACAACAGGAUGAUGGGUUUUCUUAUGAUGAACAACAACAAGGAGGGGGAGAAUAUCAACAACUGAGAGGAAUUCAGAGCCAAUUAAUGAUAGCUAAAUAUGACUAUGAUUCGAGGCAUCUAAGUCCUAAUGUUGAUGCAGAACAAGUUGAAUUAAGCUUUCGACAGGGAGAUUUGAUUACCAUUUUUGGGCCAAUGGAUGAAGACGGGUUUUACUUGGGCGAAUUAAAUGGAAUUAGAGGUCUAGUCCCUUCCAAUUUCCUACAGCCAGCCCCACAAACAACAGAACCUGUACUUCAUUCUAGACCUAAAGGCGUUGCCUUCUGUUCUGAUUUGAAUAAUUCUGAUUAUCAAAUGAUGGCUAAAACUUCGAUAGGGAACAAAAAAGAACAGGGAGGAGGGGGUAGAGGACAACAACAACAACAGCCACUUCAAGGAGGGACAGGAGGAACGUCUGGGACUGGAGGGGGAGGUAGAGAAACUUACGGAAAUCUCCCAAGAAUAGCUUCCUCCUCAAAAACACUAAACAAAAUCCAAAUAUCCAAUCAACAACAACAACCCUCUGCCCCUAUCCCGGCCAAAUCCUUAAUUAAGAAAAGCUCUGAUUUAAGCAACAGAACAAUUCAACAACAACCAAAUGUUAGAAAAGGCUCUCAUGCUGGUGCUAAAGGACUUCAUAGCGUUGUGAAGGUGGGUGUAUUAGAACUGUUAGGAUGUCGAACCGGUCUGGGCCUAUUUCUCUCCAACACAGAUUCUGCAUUCUGUGCACAGAACACAGAUUCUGUGGAAAUUCUAUUUCUCUGA